GACUGGAGAUUCAGACUUGGGUGGUGAUAUCUCAUCCCGCUCGCAAGACUCCGAUGAAAACAGUCCAUCUGGAGACCUGAAGUUUGAUGACCGUCAAACAUCACCAGACGCCCACGACGAGUCUCCUCCACAGUCGGAAGCAGCAAGCACUCAAGCUCCAGGAACAGGAGCAGCGGAGGAAGGCGUCAGCGACAGCUGUGAAGACGAAGCAUCUGGCGAUGCCGCGGCAGCAGCUCCAAAAGCAGCAGCAGAUGAAGAGGAUUACGACUCCGGCAGGAACUGCGGCCAUUUUGUUUAUGACGUUGUACGUAGUGAUCAAGAGAGUACCGUGACCAAUGCCAAGGCCACAAGCGCCGAGCCGCACGAUGCUCAUGCAGCUGCUGGAGAAUUAGCUGAGAAACAUAAAGUGGAAAGGCAAGGGCGUGCGAGAUGGAUAGGACCGCUGGCUGGCCCCUUGGAAACUACUGGCAAGGAGAAAGCUGGCGUAGCAGCAAAACCUGACGUGGCAGCAAACCCACCAGCAGCACAAGCAGCGGAUGAGACUGCUGCCAGCAGUUCAGAGGCACCUGAACCUGAAAAGGGUAGGCGCCACUUCACGAAGUUGGCCUUGGGGGAUUCGAAUUCUCCCCAUUAUAGAGAUCUUUGA